UACACUCAAGCGGAGUUGUAAAUAGUUGUUCGAGUUGUUGGCUCGUACUCAAACUGUAGAAAAAUGUAAAAAGUCGACUAACACAUAUUUGUUUGCCUACAAAUUCUUUUCGAUUUUAAUUUUAAACGACAACCGAAACAUAAAAUACAACCAAUAAUAAUUAAAUACGAAACGUUAAUAGCUUGCUAUUUAGUAAACGAAACGAAACGUAACGAAACAACUGCAACAAAAAUAUUUAAGCAAACAACUGCAUAAGGCAACGUAACGAACGUAAAUUAGGAUUAGAGCUAAUUUCUGGUGCGUAUAACUCCAUUAGAACUCAAUUAGCAUAGGAAGGACGGGCGAGACGGAGGAGCAGCCAACGAAACUGGGCAAAGUUUUGUCCAGAGAGACAACUGGAGGCCACAAAUCAAGGUGGUGAGCCAGCCGGCCGGCAACUGCAUUCGACUGGAUCCAGAGCCAGAGCCAGAGCAACGUCAAGGAUAAUUCAAUCAGUCGGCGAGUUAAACGAGUGAGCGAGACAACCCAACAAAGUGGACAGACAGUUGAGAGCAAGGGAGAGCGAGAAGAGAGAGUACACAAGUGCCGACGGCGGCCUCUGAGAAUUGUGCAAGAAGUUUAACGUUGAAUAUAACUAGAAAACUUCUUCAAACACUCGUAUAAAGUGGCAGACGUGCGCGUGUGAACAAAAAUACUGAGAAAAAAAAAGGAAGAAGCACAAAUAAGGGAGCGUGAACUAAACUCAAGAAGUUGCUGCAACGCAGAAACUUAGCGCGUGUUUUAAUUUCGACACGUUCGCUGCUCUUCAAGAACUUCCAAGUGUUUGUGAGUGGUUGGGGAACUCUGAGCUGUUCAGGAGCAUGUCGUCAUCAAUAGUGGCACCACCGCCACCAGCAUCACCCCUGGCCAUGGGCCGUUUGAUUUGGCCAACUUUCGUCUGUUUGCUGCUGCUGCCCAUGUUUGGCAGCAAUGCGAAUGCCAUCGACUUGAGUCGCUUGUACGGGCAUAUGGCAAAUCCGAUCCAGAAGCGUAGCGAUGCCUGCCAUCCGUACGAACCGUUCAAAUGCCCCGGCGAUGGUAAUUGCAUUUCCAUACAAUAUUUAUGCGAUGGUGCGCCCGAUUGCUCCGACGGCUACGACGAGGACAUGCGUCUCUGCACAGCGGCCAAACGCCCGCCUGUCGAGGAAACUGCAUCAUUCUUGCAAAGCUUAAUCGCUUCGCAUGGCCCCAACUAUUUGGAGAAACUUUUUGGCAGCAAGGCACGUGACGCCCUCUCGCCUUUGGGUGGGGUCGAAAAGGUCGCCAUCGCUUUGAGUGAAUCGCAAACGAUUGAGGACUUUGGCGCUGCAUUGCACCUAAUGAGAUCGGAUUUAGAACACUUGCGCUCCGUUUUUAUGGCCGUUGAAAAUGGUGAUCUUGGCAUGUUGAAAUCGCUUGGCAUCAAGGACUCGGAGCUCGGUGAUGUGAAAUUCUUCUUGGAGAAAUUGGUGAACACCGGUUUCCUCGACUGAGUAGCGCCAGAUCCGGCUUCUGGAUUUUAUUAUGCACACUCACAGCCCAUCAAUCCUAAUUUCUAUUCGUAUUUGGGUACACCCUAUGAUAACUACAAUUAUUAGAAGGUGUUCCCCCAAAUACGAAUUCCAUUACUCAUCAAACACACACACACACACACACACACACACACACAUACAUAAGCAGACCUUCAUAAACAUGCACACGAUAUUUUCUCAAACUCUUCGCAAUUUUGUUGAGUUAAUCAAUUUUGGAAACUUUCAGUUUUUGCUUACUAAGCCUACCCAACAACAUUUUUCUCAUUUAUUUGCUCUUUUUCGAAACCUCACCAAACACUUUUUAUACAAAAAUAACAAAAAACGCAAAAUCAAAACAGAAAAAAAAAUUGCAAAACCUAUAGAAAAAAUGAAAAAAAAAAAAUUAUUUAUGCUACUUUUGACUACUUAUCAGAAAAGUUUUGAAGAAAAAUAAGCCAAUCGAAUGCUCUUUACAAAAUUAUAUAAAGAAAAGCUUUCUCCCAAUUUUCUGCGCUUUUUCAUCUGCGUUUUUUCUAUACUCUGCUAUAUAUCAUUAUUGAUUUUGUUGGAAAUAAAGUAACUUUUGUCAAACUUCGAGAAAAUUAAUGCGCGAAUAUUUCAAAUAAACAUUACAAGAAAAACUUCAUGCAAACUUAAAAUGUGGAAGCAGGAUCGUUCGGCAAAAUGGAAAACAAAAACUUAAAGCAAAACUAAAAUGGUAACGAACAAAAUAUAUAUGUAUAUUGUAUAAUGUUUAUAUAUCAGACUUAUUUCUUAUAAACAGAUAAGUAAGUAAUUUUCUCAAUCUAUGUACUUAUGUAUAUCCGAGUGUUUCACAAUGCUUACAAGAACCUCUAGACAAGCAGAUAUCCUAUUGUAUGUUUCAACCGAGGCUAUCAGUAAUGAACCUUCCAAAACCACUAGAGAAGUAUCUUUUGGAGCAACUAUCUAUUUAAAUGAUAACUUUUACUAUCAGUGUCCAAACAGAAACAGAAGCACUAGAAACAUACCCGUACUAGUCUUAUUCUUAAGCAUAGUAGUGUAACUAGAAAGCCCUGCAGCUAUUGUUGUUCGAUUGUCAAACAGGCAUCGGUGUUUCAACGUGCAACCAACCUAUAAAUGUUGAUAUAUACAUACAUAUCUAUUUAUAUAUACAUAUUUACAGCACUUAUUUAUUGUCUAAAUAUUAGGAAGUUAAUUAUUCAAUGACAAAAGCGCCCCAAAAAACAAGAACAUUUUUGGAACCCCCUAGAAUUUCGCCGGGCUACUAAUCAUCUAACGCCCCCAAAUAAUGAAGAGACACAGACACCCAUUAAGAACAAUUGGGUUGCAUAAUUCACGGAUUCAAACCAACUAAUGUGUCUACAAAUAUGCAUAAAUAUUAUUAUGUUCAAUCAAAAACAAGCUAUAAAAUGACAAAAAAAAUUUAAAAAUGUUUUUAAAAAAUAUAUAAAAAAAAUUAUACCGCUUUACUAACGUUCUUAAAUCGAUAGCCUAAGCUGCUUUUUCCGACCACUCUCAUUAGUUUUAUUUAAAUACUUUCUAUUUAGUAAAAAAAAUAUAGAAAAUUUGGUAACCAAAACGAGAGUUCAUUGUAAAGUUUGAGCAGCCAAUUUUGUGGCAGGAAACUGACCCAACGAACCGAACAAAUCGAGUGACAAAAUUGGCUACUCUAACAAAAAUAUUUAACCCAGACAAAAAAUUAUAUAGAAAGUCUAGGGAAGUCGUUGCACUAUUUUAAAAAUUAAGAAUCAAAUAUACAUAUAUAUAGUAUACAAUAUAUAUUCAAAUGCCCAAAAACAAGCUGUUGAAACAAAGAAUAAAAGAGCAUGGAAUUGCGACUAAGUGACUAAAAAGAAGAGCACAAAUGAAAGUUGAAGAAUGCAGAAAACAGAGCAGAAAGUAAACGAACCCAACGUUCUCGAGCAGUACAACCUAACAGAAAUAAUAGAGAAAUGCAGCAAAAUGAAUGCAACAAAAAGUUAAAAAACAAACACUGAUUAGAAACAAAAAAA